AUGGGUUCGUUAGAUCAAACUACGCAGCCUCUAAGAGGUAUCAACAAUGUCGCAGUGAUCGGUGCCGGCAUCAGCGGUGUCACCUCGGCGGCGCAUCUCCUGCGACAGGGACUCAAUGUCACGAUCUUCGAGAGGUCAAGCGUUGCAGGAGGCGUUUGGCAUUACGAUGACCGCGUCGCUAAUGAGCCGUCCUACCCCAAUGUUCAACCACCGACUCCAAACUUUACAGGCUCGGCCGACCUCCGAUCAUCGAAGGCCAAGACUUUUGAAGAAGCGUCUUUAACACAUGCGCCCCCAGGUCCAUGCUACAAGGGGCUUAAGAACAACGUCCCGACGACGCUGAUGAGGAGUACGCUCUUAAACUGGCCAGAGGGAACACCCGAGUUUGUAAGCCAGGACCGGAUCGACAAGUACAUCCAGGAGCUUACAAUACACACGGGGAUCCAAGAACACGUGCUUUAUGAUACAGCCGUAGACACGGUCAGAAAAAGCCCCAACGGUACAAAAUGGGACGUUGGGACUAGCACCCUACGGAAGACCGGCUCUGACUAUGAAUUCGUAGGCCGAAAUUGGGAGUUUGACGCUGUGAUCGUGGCCAGUGGACAUUACCACGAGCCAAAGAUUCCGGAUCUGCCCGGACUGAAGGAAUGGAAGGCGAAGAGCCCACAAAGUGUGAUGCAUUCCAAGUUGUACAGAUCUCCGGAAUUGUUCAGAGACAAGACAAUUCUGUUGAUCGGGGCCGGAGUCUCGUCGCUAGAUGUGGCUCGUGAAAGCGAAGGUGUCGCAAAGAAGAUUUAUCAAAGCGCUAGAGAUGGGCAGUUUGACUUACCUGCGAGCUUGUUGCCUCCUGGUGCUGAAAGAGUUGGAGGCGUGAAGAAAUUCGAACUCGACGAUGGUGCUAAAUCCGGUCGGGUGACUUUUGCAGAUGGUAGGAUAGUUGAAAAUAUCGACGUUGUCGUCUUGGGCACGGGAUAUGUCACAUCCUAUCCAUUCUUAGGCGAAUUGCAGGAUCCCUCGGUCCCCACGGAAAAGGCGGACGGCAAGAUCGUGAUCAGCUCAGAUGGUCUCAUCACACACAACCUCCACAAGGAUAUAUUCUAUAUCCCAGAUCCGACCCUUUCUUUCGUUGGUGUACCCUAUUACACCUCAACGUUCUCACUGUUUGACUUCCAGGGCGAGGUUGUGGCUCGUUUCCUUGCAGGGAAGGUUGCGCUGCCCAGCACCGAGGCCAUGCGCCGGGAGUAUGAUGAGCGCAAACUAGGCCUGGCGGAAGGCAGUAAGACCUUUCACAGUUUGAUGGGCAAGGAUGCCAUCUAUAUGAACGGAAUUCUUCAAUGGGUUAAUAGAGACGCCGUGAGACUGGGAUACGAGCCGAUGAGAGGAGUUGAUGAACAAUGGCUGGAUAGAUACACCAGUUUCAUGGCCGAGAUGAAGAAGCGAAGAGAGACAGAUCCGCCGGAAGACCAGAAGGCAACGUUGGUGCCCGAUGUUCUGAGGCUGGCCGUGGGCCCAGCGAGUGCUUGA